GGACCACGAGCUCGGCUGUACGGCGUUCUCUGGCGAUGUUCGACUUUUGAGCAGUUGCGGAGGAGAUGGGCACAGGAGACAGAUUACUUGAUAUACUGUGUGAUGUAUGCGGUGACCGUAGUUCCGGAAAACACUACGGCAUCUACAGUUGUGACGGUUGUUCGGGGUUUUUCAAGCGAAGCAUACAUAGCAAUCGAGAAUACAUCUGCAAGGCCCAGGGUGCUAAGAAAGGACGUUGCCCAAUCGACAAAACUCAUAGGAAUCAAUGCCGUGCUUGUCGUCUUGCUAAGUGUUUUGAAGCUAACAUGAAUAAAGACGCAGUACAACAUGAACGCGGACCGAGGAAACCGAAACCCCACGCGAUUAUCUCGGAGAAACAACAUCAGCAACAGUCGUCGAUUGUCACGCAGUUAUCCCCUCAUUCCGCAACCCCGGUGCACAAUGAUCGAUUAAGACCAGCACUCCCUCCCCCGUAUGUUCUAUCACCGCACAGAAGGUUAAGGUGCGACCAAAGAUUCACGCCUUACCCUCGACCGAUGGCGCUGGUACAGAAACCACCGGAGGAAUCACCAUCCCCCGUGCCGCUGGUUCUACCGCACCCUCGAACGACCACGACCCUCUAUCAGGCGGCCACGACUGUCUCCCUAGCGCCUCAGCCUCCCCUUCUGCAGAUACUAAUGUCCGCCGAGGAAUGUCAGGAAUUAGUUUGGAAUGCGCGAUUGCAACCCACGGCGGAGUAUCCAAUAGAGCAGAUGGAGACGGAAACGAGUCAGAGUCCGACGGGCACAGUACAGAGCUUCAGUCCGACCUGGGAGAUAUUACAGGAAACAACGGCCCGACUAUUGUUCAUGGCUGUCAGAUGGGUACGAUGUCUGCCACCUUUCCAAACGAUAUCGAAAGAUGAUCAGCUGUUGCUGUUGGAACGAUCCUGGACGCAACUGUUUCUUUUACAUUUGGCGCAAUGGUCCGUUUCCUGGGACAUCACCGCGCUCCUCGAGGAUGAACAAGUGCGCAGCAGACUCCCUACAGACGACAACCUGACGAAUCAAGAACUCGUUCUGAUUCAGGCUAUAAUAUGCCGAUUUAGGCAAUUGUCUCCCGAUUUCGGCGAGUGUGGCUGCAUGAAGGCGGUGGCUUUAUUUACGCCAGAAACAGUGGGACUACACGCGAUCCAACCGAUUGAGAUACUGCAGGAUCAAGCACAACGUAUCUUAGUGGAUUACACGAGGUCACGGUAUCCGCAGCAGCCAGGAAGAAUUGGCAGGUUAAUGAUUCUAGUCGGAUAUCUGAGAUGCGUCUCUUCCAAAACCGUCGAACGUUUGUUCUUUCACGAAACCAUCGGAGAAAUACCAAUCUCGCGUUUGCUAGUCGAUAUGUAUCAAAUGGAGAAAUAUAUCAACUGAAGUGCAUUUGCACAUCGUACGUACACAUGUUAUAUAAAUGUAUCAGGACCAGAGCGAGCCCUCGCUGCUUUCCAAAACU